AUGGCGCCAACUCGCCCCAACAAAAAGUCAAAAAAGAGAACGCAAAAGAAGCCCGCCAGCCCGGCACUUCAGCUCGUCGAGGCCGCCACAAAACUGACAGAAGGCGACUUGGAGAAUGCCUAUUCAGCUGGGAAGGAAGCCCUUGAUGUCACGGGUGAGGGGGGCGACUAUGAGCUGGCGGCGUUGAAUCUCCUGGGACAAAUCAGUGUCGAAAUGGGCGAGGUUGACGAGGCGACAGCGUACUUCCUACGAGCCGUCGAGCUCGAUCCCGAAGGCGCCCUCGACGAGCGCAUAGGCGGCGGACCGGAAAAGUUCCUCUGGCUCGCGCAGCUCAGCGAGGAGGGCGGGCAGGACAGCGUCAAUUGGUUCGACAAGGGCGCGCAGUCGCUCAGGGGCCAGAUCCAGGCCCUCGUGGACCUGCCCAAGAGGAACGCCGACCAGGAGACGGCGCUCGAGGAGAAGAAGCAGAAGCUCGGAGGGACGCUGUGCGCCGUUGCGGAGGUGUACAUGACAGACCUGUCGUGGGAGGCGGACGCGGAGCAGAGGUGCGAGGCGCUCGUCACCGAGGCCGGACUCGUUGCGCCGGAUUCGGCGGAGACGUGGCAGACGGUGGCGAACGUGAGGAUAUCGCAAGAGAAGAUUGACGAGGCCAAGGCCGCGCUGGCAAGGAGUCUGGAGCUGUGGGUUAAUCUGCCGCCGUUGGAUCCCAAUGUGCCGGCUUUCCCCACGCGGAUCAGCCUGGUGCGGCUGCUUCUCGAGGUGGAGAUGGAACAGGAGGCCAUCGAGGUUCUGGAGAGGCUGGUUGGCGAUGACGAUCAAAGUGUCGAGGCGUGGUAUCUCGGCGGGUGGGCUUUGUUCAUUGCCGGCGAGAAGGUCAAGGCCAAGGGUGAGGCCCAGCUGAGCGAGGACGAGGAGGACUGGAAGACUACGUGGGAUACGGCCCGGCGAUGGUUGAUGCGCUGCUUGAAGCUCUACGAGGCUCAGGAGUACGAGGACGAGAGACUGGGCGAGCACGCCAAGGAGCUAUUUGGCUCCAUCAACAAGGAGCUCGGCGACACACCGGCCGGGGCAGAGGAUGAGGAGUACGAUGAUGGAUGGGAGGAUGCUGGCAGUGAUGAUGGCGAGGCGAUGGAAGAGUAA